AUGCUCUCGGCAAGGAAUUGCGCGUAUCUUGACUUGGGGUUGUGGAUACCACACUCGGUCUUCUGCUUUCCCUUCCACCUGCCAGAGCGCUCAUCCUCGCCUGCGGCCACAGGCUGUGUCGAGUGCCAGUCGCCUACACUCUUGUAUCCCCGGUCGAGAAGAACGUUGUAGGGAACCUUGUUGGCCCGAGUCGUCCACUUCGAUUAUGUCGAGGUCGCCACGCUUGCCGCCUUGGCUCUUCCUCCGUCCGGUGAGCACGGCCUUGACUUGGAGCUCAGAGUUGGCGCGCUGGAGUGGUUCCACCUUGGCAACAUAGUCGUACAUCUCAUCCUUGGUCUCCCACAGCUUCUCACCAUACUUGGCGUUGAAGUCUUCGACAGUCUGGCAGCCGCGGGGUUUGUAGACGUGGAUGGGCGUGCCGUAGCGUCUCCGGACACGGUCGACCAGAGCAAGAGUCUCGUCAAAGUGGAAUAGAGUGUCGAGAAAGAUAAGAUCGAUGUUGUGUUUGAGCGGGCCGUCGAGUUUGGAGAGCAUGUCCAGGGUGACCAAGCCAGUCAAGCCGAAGGCCGUGGUUUGGUAGAGACCAGGCAGCGAUGCAAUGCACCAUUUCAAAACAUCUACACGGGUUAGUUUGACAAAGACUACAUUCAGAGCAAGGACAUCGUACCCUGAGGCUCGAGCUGUUGCAGUUGGGCGUUCAAGAAUUUGAGGUGCGGCUUGCUGAAG